CUGGGCCGGGAGGGAGGGCGCUGAGGUGGGGUCCUGAGGGCCUCGGGGGCGUCGAGGCCGCACCGGGAGCCCCGGAUCCCGGUCUCGGGGCCUCUCCUGGGGCUUCUGCCCCGGCCCCAUCGACCCUUGGAGGCUGUGGGUGAAGCCUCCCAGCCCCCAGGGGGGCUCUUGUGGCCGGUGGCCUCACCACCCCCCCUCAGGUGUCCACCACUGUUGGUAACGAGGGGAAUUACCCACAUAAUCACUGCCCAGAGUGACCGAAAUAGUUAAUUAAGGGAAUUACCCAAUUAGUUAGUGCCGGGAAUUACCCAAUUCCUUAAUUUUUGGAAUUCGGGGGGUGGAUGGCUAGGAUGGGGUCCCAGGCGGUACCCAGGUUUUACAGCUCCGAGCCCCUCUUCGGCGGGGUGGCCCCCGAGGUGAUGGAGGCCUCGCUGCUGCGCCUGGCCGCGGAGAACGAGCGGUACCUCAGUGAGCUGCCCGGCCAGGCCGGCUGCUGCAAGGAUUGCAGGACCGUGGAAUUCAUCUUCCUUUUGGCUGAAAAAUGGCACUUGGACCAUUCGGCAAGGUAUCAGGCAGUAGAGUUGCUCGAAAGGUUUAUGAUCAAGCAAGUAGAGCAAGUCUGUAAGUCCCCCACUGAGAACAUGGAAGGUACCAAAGGAGGCAGCAGUCGGAGCUCUCUGAAAGAACAGAUUUAUGACACAUUUGUCCUGCGACUGGUGUCGUGCAUUCAGCUUGCAAGCAAACUUUCCUUGCACUAUAACAUAGUUAACAGCAACACAGCUUUAAAAUUCCUGCAAUCCUUAAAAUACUCAUACACCAAACAGGAGCUGCUCGAGUCAGAGCUUGCUGUUUUAGAAACUCUGCAGUUCCAGAUCAAUGUGUCAACUCCUCUGGCUUACAUCGAGUUGCUUCUUGAGGUUUUAGGACAUAACGGCUGCUUACUUCCUGCAAAGCCCUUGCAUCAGAUGUGUGUGCAGCUACUAGACUUCUUGUAUCUUGAAAGAGAGGCCAUCUACAACACGUUACUGAAGACUGCCAUCGAAAAUUCGACACCAAGUGAACUGCAGGUAGCCAAGUUUUUGGCAGUAAAGGAAGAUUUCAUGCUCUUGGCAGUUGGAAUCAUCAGCACAAGCGCUUUUGUACUAAAUCCCGAGCACUGGAAGCAGGUUGUGGAGCAUUUAAACUGCAUUACGGGCAUCACUUCACAAAGCAUCUUAGAAUUUUCGUAUGCGGUACUGAAACACGUCCUUGGCAGCACCACGCCAAAGCAGCAGCGGAGGAAAUAAAGCUCCAAAAAAUGGAAUCCAUCCAUCCAUCAUCUGCGACACCGCGCAGGGCACCCCAAACAGUAGGCUUGUUCUUCUGAUUCUGAGCACGGCGUGUUCUGUAACUUGUUGUGUGCUGUUUUAAUUAGAGAAGCUCGUUAUUUUAGGCUGUGCUCUAGCGCUGGGAAGGUAACAGACAAAGCAGUGCUUAUGUUUUCCAGCGCCAAAAGCUUUUUAUUAGUAGAGCUGCGUUGUUUAAGUUGUGAUUAUGCUUUCCUUGAAGAAACAGAAAACUUAUUCUAAGAGCAUUGUUUUGAAAAGGCCUCAACGUGAGCGUUAUUCUGCUGGGAAAUCCCAGCCCAGCCCUUACAGACAGGGCUGCCGUUUGUGUUUGCUGCUGUUUUAAAACCUAAUUCUUUCUGCCAGGCUGCUUGUUAAGGUUCCUCUUUGCCAGCGCUCCGAAGCCUGGUUGUUCUUACCUCCAUCGAGCUAGCCAGCGUUGUGGCACCAAAAUCCCCCCCAUUUUGUUCUGGCAGCAGGGGCCUGUUCAGCACGGUUGUCUGAGCACUAAGGGGGGCUUAGGUUCCAGCUGAAAGCACUGAGGCUGGAAUUGUGUUUUAUUGGGACAUUUUUCCGUGUGCCCCUGUGCAGGACCAGGCUCCAGCCAGUGUCAGGCCCUCGUGGCAAAAAGAAGCGCUGAUACGACUUAAAAAAUACUUUAUUUCAAGCUGCAGUGACCAAACAGACCUUCAGGGUUUUUCCACGUUAUUCCCUGCAUUGGAAACUUUCCUUUUCUAACCCCCACGUUCUAUUAGGCUGUACCAGAGCCCUCCCCACAGCGCUGGCAGUUUGAACCUUGACAAUAACUUAUAUACAUCUCUCUAACCCCCCAAACACCACUUUAGCAUCUAUUUAACAGCUGAUUAUUAUUAUUUUUUUAAUUCAGUUCAGCUCCGUGAUAGAACUUUACAUAUUGCUUUUCUAUAUACUACUCCUCAUAACGGUAUUUUAAAUAAAGUGUCUUGUGGA